AUGGCCUUCCAGCGUAUCCAAGCUAUGGAAAUAUCUGAGGUGAUUUGUGCUGGGAAAGAGAAUGAUUUACUUGGCCCGGCCGCUAAGGCUUCUCCUCUUGGGAUCAGAAAAUCCAUGAGCCAGGGCGGACAGCACGCAACGCAAAGUCGUGCCGAGGAGGCUUUCCCUGCGAAGCUCGCAGAGCCAAGGGGACCUGCGCCUGGCCUGCAGAAUCUGCCUCUCAGCGACCCGAACGACCCUCGCAAUGAUAAAUACCAUGAGAAUCUUUGCAUGUGGUGGGCGGCGGGUCUUACCAUCCGAACACGAUCGACCUUCAUACGAACUCUUCGUGCUGCACACGGUCAGAAACACGUCGCUAAUCCCGCAGCGUCGGCAUAUCUGGGCCUCGGUCAUCCAUACACUCGUCAUGUGGAACGGACCACUGAUGCAUCUGCUCCUGGCAUUAGCAGCGUUGGUCUUUUCUCGUCUGACAGGUCUGUGGCUGACGGACGCCAUCUGUCUUCAGGAAGCUUGCCGGCGGCCGAAAAUCAUGAAAUGAACACACUUCUUGCCUCCUAUUUGCCAUCAAGCAUCACUAACCGGGGGUGA